GGUGGAGAGAGUGGGGAGACAGAAAAAGAGAGAGACUGAUAACAUCAUGCCAGGGUGUAGUGCUCCCUGCUGCAAAACUGUGCGCUCUGCUUUUCACUUGGAAACCUAUCAGCACGUAAAAGGCAGCAGACAGAGAAAGAGUGAGUGAAUUUACACUGGAGCAGGCUGCCCUGAAAAAACAUCAUGAAGUCUCAGCAGAAGUGCAUUGUGAUCUUUGCUCUGGUGUGCUGCUUUGCUGUCCUGGUGGCUUUGAUAUUCUCAGCGGUGGACGUGUUGGGAGAGGAUGAAGAUGGCAUCAACGAGGAGAACUGCAGCAAAUACUGCCAAGUAGUGCUUGUGGAGAAUAUUCCAGAAGACAUCUCCAUUUCACAUGAGGGUACGAUGCCGUUGACCAUGGGACUUCAUGGCCUUCUGGACCUGGCCCAAAAAUCGGUGGAGAUUGUGUCACCUCUGUGGGCUCUGAAUUCUACAGAUCACGGGUCUCGCUUUGCCCGAGCCAAGCAGGGUCAGCUCCUGCUCCAGCGGCUGAUGGGCUUGAAGGCUCAGCAUGUUCAUUUGAAGGUGGCAAGUGGAAUGCCAAACAACAUCUCAAAACCAGAGCUCGAACUUCUUACUAACUAUGGUGCAGAAGUGCAUGAUCUGAACAUGACUGCCCUCACCCACGGCAAACUCCAUUCCUCCUUCUGGGUUGUGGACAGGAAACACAUGUACAUUGGCAGUGCUGGCAUGGACUGGAGAUCACUUUCUACGAGGAAGGAGCUGGGAGUCAUUAUAUAUAAUUGCAGCUGCCUGGUGCUGGACCUCCACAGAAUAUUCAGUCUCUACUGGCAGCUACAGUACAGAGACUUUGUGCCAGCUAUAUGGUCCAAGAGGCUGACUGCACUCUACAACAAAGAAAGGACACUUGGGCUUCAACUGAAUGGCACCAACACUACGGCCUAUGUCUUGAGUUCUCCAGAUGCCUUCUGCCCCAAAGAUCGAACCCGAGACAUCGAGGCAAUUUUGCGUGUCAUUCAGGAGGCCAAGAGGUUCAUCUAUAUCUCCAUAACAGACUAUCUGCCUCUCGUCAUUAAUAAUUCACACAACAAAUACUGGUCACGCAUUGAUGGGAUGCUCCGAGAGGCCUUGAUCCUGAAGCACAUCAAAAUUCAUCUGCUGAUAAGCUGCAGGGAGCAGACGCAUCCUCUCACCUUUAAUUUCGCGUGGUCUCUGAAAAGCCUAUGCAUGGAAAUGUCUAACUGCUCGAUGGAAGUGAGAUUCUUUAGUCCACGGCUGCAAGAGGAUGGAUCUCUACAGGGCAUCAACCAUCACAGAUACAUGGUGACUGACAACUCUGUGUAUAUAGGGAACUUUGAUUGGGUGGGGAACGAGUUCUUGUACAAUGCUGGAGCUGGACUGGUCAUCAGUAAGGCGGUGGGUUUCACAGGGAAGAGCUCCACUCUAGUGGAACAGGUGAAGGCCGUCUUUGAUCGAGACUGGUACUCUGCAUACACUAAAACUCUGCAACCAAACAAAAUUCCUACAUGCAGCACAAUCACUGUCUUCCCUAGUUCGCUUUUAAAAGGCCAAACAGGUCAUAUAGAGCAUGGGAGUGGCCCAAACACCUCUGUAUGAGACACUGAGGCAAGGAGUGGUGGGUCUAAAUGUUUUUUCAUAUCAAUUUGUUGAUUGUGUCAUUGCUUACAGAUUACAUCAUUCAUUUUAUAACACUGCAGUUUGUAAUGCCGUUUUUACUUUAUAGCUGAUUGUCCAGAGAACACCGGUGAGUUUUUUUGUUUUUACCCAGUUUGGAGGUAAAUCUACCCCCUCAAUAGACAACAUUGCCACUAAUCGAACAUGAGGUCAGCUAUAUACAUUUUUUAUCAUCUAAAUGCAAAUAAAAUUACAUUGUCAAAACCACAUUUUAAGCAAAUCUUUUGGACUAGGUUGUAGUGAUAAAAAAGGAAAAGGCAUCCUUUAAUGGCAGAACGAUGACAAUUACUGUAUAUAGAGCAGUGAGUUAUUGUGAUCACUCUAUACCCUAAUGUAUUAGGCAUAAAAUCUUAUUUAUUAUUACAGGAAGAACAUAUAUUCAGCUUUGUAAUUUAUGACCUUGCUUAUUUGUUUGUUUGUUUGUUUAUUUAUUUAGUCAUUCAUUUGAAGUCUCAUUAAAGGUUACCAGCAUCAUUUUAAUAAUUAUGUAAGUCUAA